UCAUAUAACCAUUUCAUUUCUCUACAAAACCCCAAAACAAAAAAAUGAACACCAAAACUUUCCUAGUCUCAGCUUUGAUCUUCUCUCUGCUCACAAAUCCUCCAUUAUCGUCGGUUCUUGCUCAAAUCAGUACCCCAUGUUCACCAGCCAUGCUCUCGAGUGCUUCAGGGUGCAUGAGUUUUCUAACGGGGGGUGGUACUUCUCCUACCUCAGAUUGUUGCGGGGCUCUUAAAUCGUUAACCGGAACCGGUAUGGACUGUUUGUGCCUGAUUGUAACCGCAGGUGUUCCAGUUAAUAUUCCUAUUAACCGAACCCUAGCCAUCUCUCUGCCUCGUGCAUGUGGCAUGCCUGGUGUCCCCGUUCAAUGCAAAGCUACAGCAGCACCUCUCCCUGCUCCAGGGCCUGUGUCUUUCGGUCCGACCACUUCUUCUACAGACUCGCAAGCUCCUGAUUCUGAAGGUCCUCCUACUUUUUUCGCCCCGACCACUUCUCCGACAACUUCGCUCAAUCCUAAUGACCAGGAACUUCCAAGAUCCGACGACAGAGGAGACCGGACAGGUUUAACUCCGCCUCCGUCAGCCUCGUUGCCUUCCACUUCGCUCUCUCUCAAGCUUUCGCUUCUUCUAUUUGCUUUCGCCUUUGAGGUUAUCAAAUUCUUCUAAUUAGAGAGCAAUUCUAUAUCACAAGAUAGUUAUUUACUGUCCUUUUUAUAUUUUACCUGAUUCUGUUUAGAAUAGUAAUGUAUCGAAGUUUUUGUUGUAUUUGGUGUACUGUGUACCAGCUGUAUUUAAUAGUCCUAUUAAUAAAACAGUUUUCAUAA